AUGGCGCCCAUCGAGACCAAAACGUACGAUUACAUUGUGAUUGGAGGUGGCAGCGGUGGCAGUGGUAGCGCCCGACGAGCUUCGGGGUGGUAUGGCGCAAAGACCCUGAUUGUCGAGAGUGGUCGUUCAGGCGGUACCUGUGUCAAUGUUGGAUGUGUCCCCAAGAAAAUGACAUGGAAUUUCGCCUCCAUCAACGAAAACCUCCACGCCGCUCGUCACUACGGUUACGAUGUCCAAGACAACAUAAAAUUCGACUAUGCCCACUUCAAGAGUAUCCGCGACUCCAGAAUCCAGCGGUUAAACGGCGCUUACGAGAAUAAUUGGGGCAAGGAAGGGAUCGAUCUGGUCCAUGGCCGCGCUCGCUUUGUUGAGCCCAAGGUCAUUGAAGUUACUUCCAACGAUGGCUCGGAGACCAAAACUCGCUAUACUGCCAAACAUAUCCUGAUUGCCGUCGGUGGACACCCCGUCAUUCCGGGUAUUGAGGGCGCCGAGCACGGUAUUAGCAGCGACGGAUUUUUCGAGAUCGAGGAGCUGCCCAAGAAGUGGGCCGUUGUCGGUGCUGGAUACAUUGCGGUUGAAUUGGCUGGUGUUUUGGCUGCGGUCGGUGUUGAGACGCACAUGUUUAUCCGUGGUGAUACCUUUCUGCGUAAAUUCGACCCUAUGAUCCAGGAAACUAUGACGGCGCGAUAUGAGGCUGCUGGUAUCAAAAUUCACAAGCAACACAAGGGUUUCCAGCAGAUCCAGCUGCUCAAGGAAGGAAAGGGCGCCGAGAAGGUGUUGAAAUUGAUUGGUGUUGAGGGAGAUGAGAUUGAGGUUAAUGAGUUGCUAUGGGCUGUUGGACGUGCUCCAGAGGUUGAGGAUCUUCAGCUGCAUAUUCCGGGAGUCAAGCAGGCCCAUAGCGGACAUAUUAUUGUGGACGAGUUCCAGAACACCAGUGCCGAGGGUAUCUACGCGUUGGGUGAUGUUACUGGUCAGGCUGAGCUGACGCCUGUCGCCAUUGCCGCCGGCCGUAAACUCGGUAGCCGUCUCUUCGGACCCCCUGAAUUCAAAACCGCCAAACUGUCCUACGAAAACAUCCCCACCGUCGUCUUCUCCCACCCUGAAGUAGGCACAAUCGGCCUCACAGAACCGCAAGCCCGCCAGCGCUUCGGCGACGACAAAAUCAAAGUCUACAAGACCCGCUUCACCAACAUGUUCUACGACUUCUUCCCGGACGAAGAGAAGAAACAGAACCCAACGCAGAUGAAGAUUAUUUGUGCGGGACCCGAAGAGAAGGUUGUUGGACUUCACAUCCUGGGGUUGGGAGUCGGGGAGAUGUUGCAAGGGUUUGGAGUUGCGAUUAAGAUGGGUGCUACGAAGGAAGAUUUUGAUAGUUGUGUUGCUAUUCACCCGACCGCUUCGGAGGAGUUGGUGACGAUGCGAUAA